UUACAAAAGCAAACUAACCUCAGUGUCGUAUCACAUUUUCUGGGACAGCGCAAGUGGCACGCACGCCGAGCUUGACGCUGUUGUUGGUUGAAGCAUGCCGUCGGCCGCUGCCAAGAUCGAGAAACCGGCCUCGCUGGAGGGCCAGGACUCCCUCAAGAGCAUCGUGACUAUUUUCGAGAAGAAGACCAGGAACCUCGAGAAGCGCAAGGGGAGGUUGGAGCAGCUGAGGAAGGAACUGGAACAAGGCAAGGAACUCAACGAGGACCAAAAGGCAGCAGUUGGGAAGUAUGAGCAGGUGCAGGAGACGCUGGAGUUGACGAAGGAGCUGCAGAAGAGUGUCACCGCAGUUGUCCAAGAGCACCUGCGGCAGCUGAAACGCCAGGCGCGUCGUGAGCAGCUGGAGCGUCAGGCGCGGGAAGUGCAGCGGGUGCGCGAGCUGCUGGAGGUCCAGGAUGUGCUGAUGGCCCUGGGUUCGCCCGCGGUGCGCCAGUGCUUUCUGGAAGGCGAGGAGGGUGCCCCGCGGCUGUCGUCUGAGACCUUUGAGCAGCUGGACCAGCUGUACAAGCUGGUGUGCCCCGACCGGGAGGAGUGCGAGCCGGGCACCUUCCCGAACCUUCUGUCGCAGGCGGCCGAACACCUGGUGGCCCUGCUGGACGCGCGGCCCAAGCCUCUGCUCAGCACAACCUACAAGGCGUUGCGGGAUGUGCUGCUAGAGGUGCAACAGAGCACGUACUUCUCGGGGACGACCGGGGAGGACGUGACACCCGCUGCCCCCGCUUCCGAAGAGGAUGCCACGGUCCACCGAGGAGGAGGAGCAGCAGCCGCACCAGGAGGUCCUCACAGGGGCGGACUCACCUGUCAGCGAGCCAGCAGAGCAGGUCCCACUAGCCCCUCCAUUACCACUGGCUGUCUCCAGCGAGGCCCAUCAGAGCAGCACACGUUGGGAACAUUCUCCACGGUUUUGGCCAUCAUUCCAUACGAAGCUGAAGUGCUAAUCACACUACUGAUUGUAAAUUGUCUUUACUGUGACGAACAAUUGUUCACAAUAAAGCUGAAAAAGUCACCUGCAACUGGCGCAAAGCCAUGCAAUGUCCCGAAUGGAGGACCAGCUAAAAACUGUAGUGGCACCACUGCAAUCUGUAGUGCUACAUGUAUUGGAGACCUUGCAAUAAAUUCCACAAUUCGUGCGGAGCACUUGAAUUGCUCUUUUAACGAUCCGAAGGACUUUGUGCCCGAACCCUUGGUAGAGCCACCCCAGCAGCAGCAACCACCACUUCCACAACCGGUAGCAACAGCGCCGAGCCCUCUGCGGGAGACUGAGCCAACACCCAUCCCAGUGGCACCUGUUGCUGCGGCGACUACAGCCCCACCCCCCCUGCUGCCUGGCGACGCCCUCUCCGAAUCGGCAGCGGUGGCAGAGGCUCCCUCCCUGGUCCCCAGCCGGCUUGACUUCUUCCAAGAGUCUCAGAUCGACCUGGAGUCGCCGCACAUGGACCCGGCUGUCGUGGCGGCCCUCCCCUCGGUGCCUGCAAUGGCCCUUCCACCCACCGCUGUCGUGCAGCCCGCCGGCUUCGUGCUGACUGCCGGUCCCCCUCCCCAUCCCGUGGCGGCCGUGCCUCCUCCCCCCCACCACGUUGCUCCCCACCAGCCGCUAGUGAGCCAUGCCAUCCCGCCCCAUCCACAGCCUGUGGUGCAGCCCGUGCAACAGCCCAUUGUCCAGCAGCAACCUCCGCAGCCCCAGCCACAUCCGCAACAGCCACCGCCGCACCAACCGCAGCAUCAACCGCAGCUUCCGCCAAUGACUGUGGACUAUUCUGAGCACAUGCCGAUUCCCACCGUGACGUUCACCAACCAGAGCCUCCGCAAUGCCCACGGCGAUGACAGGAGGCCUCGGAGGGGUGGCCCCGGCGGCCAGGGAGGAGGACCUCCCAGGAGGGGUGGCUACACCAAUGGCAAAGGCCCACAAUGGCAGCCCAACGGUAGCGGCCAUGAUCGAUCAGAAGGCUACCGGGGAGCCCCAAGGCAGUCAGGGUCUGGACCUAGGGGAGGACAGCACCAGGGACGUGGGCGCCCAACAGGAAACCGUGGACCCCCUCGCAACACUGGUGUUCCAGCUGCCGCUUAUGCCCAGUAACGGCUGCUGCCGAUGACAUUGCUUCGCCCAGUCGCCCCGGGAGGGCACUGCUACCAAUGCACCCAUCUGACUCUGCCUCCUGUCUGGGAGUUGUUGCCUCUGCUGCCCCUGUUCCUAUCAGCCUUUGUUUUUUUUCUCUAUCUUUCAUUAAUAUUAUAUAGCCCUCCCUGUACUCCCAGACUCUCUCUCUCUGCAUGUUUUUCAUUUUCUGUGUGUCUUUGUCUUUCGUGCCUGUACCAGUCUGCCAGGGGCAGUGGAAGGCCUCCUCCUACUCUUCUUCGAGACGGGCGAGGGAGGUGCUGUAUUAAAGAAGGUCAUCUCUCAGGCGUGCGUGCCAGGACCAACAACAACCCUCGCCCUCUUUCAUUCUGCAGAGAGUUUGUGCAUAAACACAUUGUUUGUUCCCCCUCUUUUUGUUUUUCCCUUCCUGUUUCCGUGCGGAAGUGGAUGCCAGCAAUUGUUGCGCACAGGGCUGUUUGCGUGCAUGGCAUGCACGUGAAAAAGCAUGCCGAGGCGAAUAAAGAGAGCCCAGGUGGAUCUUCUAGUUUUAAAAAAAUG